AUGUCCCUGCCCCCCCCCCCCCCCCCCGCCCCGUUCUUUUUCCUCCAGCACCCCUACCCCUCGGAAGAACAGAAGAAGCAGCUAGCACAAGAUACAGGGCUCACUAUCCUACAGGUGAACAAUUGGUUCAUCAAUGCCAGAAGGAGGAUAGUGCAGCCUAUGAUUGACCAGUCCAAUCGAGCAGGCAAUCAAGGAGGACCUUACACUCCAGAUGGUCAGCCGAUGGGAGGUUUUGUUAUGGACGGACAGCAGCACAUGGGAAUCAGACCACCUGGACUGCAAAGCAUGCCCAGGGAUUACAUGUCCCACUGUGGUUCGAUGGCCAUGGGACAGCCCAGCUUCAGCCCGCCUCAGAUGCCCCCCCACUCAGCUCAGCUGCGGCAUGGGCCCCCCAUGCGCCCCUACAUUCCUGGACACCCCCCCCACCCGGCGAUGUUAAUGCACGGAGGGCCACCUCACUCCGCCAUGCCCAUGUCAGCGUCUAGCCCCCCCAUGCUGAACCCAGGAGAUCCCGCCAUGGGGGGGGCAGUCAUGGACAUCCAUGCUCUGUAGUUUAAGAUUUCGUGAGACAAACAAACAGAAUGAAACGUCGCGAUUUUACGGCUUUUUUUUUUUUCGUUUUUAGGAAACUUUAAUAAACUGGCUUCUUGCAGAGACUGAGGAUCUUCAUCCAUAGCAUCAGAUCUGGACCAAGAAGAAGCUAAUGUCUGUAUUUCCUGGGACCCUUUUGACACAGGAAGUGCGCUGGAAACAUAACAGAAAUGAAACAAAGGAUAAAAAAAGUCCAUUUUAACAGUCUCUGCUCCUGUGGGGGUGAAGGGGAGGUGGACUUGCUGUAAAUUGUUGUAAAAUUACUUUGGACUCUCAAGAGAACUGAGAAAAUAUGUAAAUUCUCUUGUAUUGUUCUGAAUAUUACGUUGUUUCUUAUAGAUUUUUUUUUAAAGAAGGAUGUGAAUUCCCCCCCCCACACUGUGUGUGUGUGCCAUGUCCAUAGACUCUGAGCCUCCCCCUCCCCCCCCCCACCACCACCACCACCACCACCUCAAUUUUGACAAAUAAAUACCUGGAUAAAUCAGCAAGCCGGCUCUAAGGUCGAUAAGCCGUGGUUUGCCUCUGUGACGGCUACUUCUGGGGUACCACAAGGCGCCAUCCUGGGGAAGACCCCCCUUCUGGCCAUUUCCUUUGUCUUCCCACCUAGAGGGUAGCAUUUGCAUGUGUAAACAUUUUGUUCAUCAAAACUGAAUUUGCCUGAACAAAUCUGAAAGGGAAUAUUUGGGGGGAAAAAAUCAGCAGCAGAUAGAAAUCUAACCACGUGAGGUUAAAAGGGGGCAACGUGGAAGAAGAAGAAGAAAUGGGUCUUCAAUCGUCACUUUUUCACAUCUGUCUCCAUUGCAACUAAAAGUGGCUUUUGAAGCCAAAAUACAACUUAUAAAAUUAAAACCUUCUUCUGCUUAAGACACCUUUCCCCAUGGUUACAGUUUGGAUACUUUAUGUAUACGUUGUAAAUAAAUGCUUUUGUGGAAAAAAAAGAACUGGAGGAGACCGAGCUGUAGUAUUUGCUUUAAGAAAAGUUUCUAUGCUUAAAAUGUCUCUAUGGAAAGCAGAUUGAGGCUUUGUUGUGGUUUAAUAAAUACUUUUUUUUCUAGUGAGCAAAGUGAACGAACCUUUCAAUUUUGCCUUAGUGUAUUAUGAUAAAGAAAAAUGGCAUUUUAUACGUGUGGGCAUUUUACAAUUACAUGAAUCACAGUUAAAAAGCAGUAUUCGGGCACGGAUACAGCCCAAACGAAGUGUUUGUAUAGUUCGCGUUAAAAAUCCCAAAUAACUUAAGGUGACCGUGUCAUCGUAUAGACAGCAUUUCCAACGCACAAUGAGAAGGACAAGCCACACAAUUGCAGCCGGCCUCUCCUCGGCUUUCCUAAACUGUUUGAAGAGACCAUAUUGUAUUAAACAGAAAAGCGUGGCUUUUGGCAGUCCUGCACACCAACUUUAAGAGUAUAGCUGCCAUUUGAAGAUUUUGCUUAUAUUACUAAACACGGAUAAUGUUAAAAACAAUACUUACUUUUUUUGUAAAUAUGCGGAGGAAAUAUCAACUAUAAAUUAAACGUUUUACAAAACA